AUCAAAACACCUUUUUCUCACUACUGCUAAAGAAACAACAACAACAACAAAAACCACAAGAAAACGCAAAUGUAUUCACCUUUGUGGUGUGGGGUUUGCUCGAUGCUGGAGGAGAAGGAGGAGGAGGGGAAGGAGGAGGAGGAAAGUUUCCGGUGCUGAGGCUCGUCGUUGGGCGGGAGGGGGAGCAGGGGAGCGGGUGUUAACGACAGCACUCGGCCGAAGCAGGGGGAGGCUGGUACACACCCACUAAGUGUUUGUCGCCGUUCCAACGCCGGUUCUCCUCAGGGAUGAUCGGACGGCGAUCUCCUCCAUCCUGAUUGAGACUCCUUCCGCAUCAGCAGCGCCUCCCACAGCAGCAGCUUCAUCCCGCGCCUCCGCUCGGACUGAAAUGGGAUGAUAUGGGAUUGUUCAUGUCGACGAAGACAGCGGGGAUUCUUGUUGCUUUCUCAUUUGUGUCCCUAGUCUUCUCAGUGUCAGCAGAGUCAACCAAUGUGAAGUGUGAGAAUGUUUACAAGGACUUCUCCGACUGUGUCCUGGAGCUGGGGGAGAGCAUGGACAACUAUCAGGAGAAUGUGACCAGUCAGACAGGAGUGGCAGCAGUGUGCAGCCACUGGGAGACUUUCCACACGUGUGCCCUCACAGCGCUGUCCGACUGUCAGGAGGAAGUCAGCUCCAUCUGGGAGACGCUGAGGCAGGACUCCAGGAAGAUGCGCUUCCAGGGAAGUCUGUUUGACCUUUGCAGCCCCAGCUUCGCUCCCAGCAUAUGUUCCCAUCUUGCUGGCCUGACUCUCCCGCUGAUGCUGAUCGUGACUGUGUCUAACUCGAUAUAGACUGAGUGUGGGUGAGGAUAUGGGUGAGGAAGCUCAGACUGAGUCUUCCUGAGUUCUAACUUAAGCCUUGGAUUAAAGUGACAAUGUUUUAACAUGGAUUUUUAUGACAGAGCACCAGAGGAAGAUAAGUCAGCGAUAGUUCAGAUGAAUCAUGUUUAAAUCCCGACACACACUUCACUUUCACUGGUACAGCCACAAAGAAAAAGUCAGCGACAGAUUUAUCUCUGGUAUUCACCUCUGGGACAAACUGAGCAGCAUAAGACUGCAAAUCAAACGUCUCCCACAGGGACAUUGCCAUUGAACAUCGUAACAUAACAUAUGUGGGAUCUGUUCUCCAAACAAACUGAAAAAAUAGGGCCCAUAUUUGACCACAUUAAUGACCAGACAAAUGCAGAUGAACUCCCUCAGAACUGAACUACAAAAUUAGGAACAUCUGGGAUGUCGAAUUCCAGUCCAGUGAAGGGGCUAAAGCAAGGACAUAAGUCUUGAUUUCAUUAUGAGAGUGAUGCCGGGCGGACGACUUGAAAACUAUGUCACCACCUUACAAAAAAACCUAAAUUAAAUUAGACCAUAGUUUUUGGAUUUCACGAAUAAACAUACUACUAUCGCUAUCCUAAAUUUAACCAGUGUGUCACACUAAGCAGUCCUGACUUUUUUUUGUACAAAAUAUUGAGAACUGGUUUUUUUUUCAUACACUGUACAACCUAGGGGCCAUGAUUCAGUUCUUAUCGACAGAACAGUGAUGGACAUCACAUACCUGUAUGUCUUAACAUUCUAUCAAUCAAAGCCGUAGCUACUGUAUGAAGAAAACAACUACAUAAGGUUCAAUUUAAGAAAAAGAUAAAUGGGCAUUUCACCGAAAACAGCAGCAUCCAAACCAGACACCAGUGCGAGAUAAUCCAUUAUGUCCAAUAUGCAAUAAAAAGAGAAAUGUUCGAACAUAGGUUUUCCAAAUGAUAUGACAAUCAAGUCUGUUGUAUUUGCUCUCGACUAUUUUAGCUCAUUCUGGCUACAUGGCUGCCAAAAACAGGUAUCAGUUUUGGCAACAUGUCUGUCUGGUCUCCAUGUCUGUAAUAGAAGAAAAAAAAUUCACAGUUUUUUUUUUAACUGACUGUUGGCUUGUAUGUUUGUCUGCCAAACCUCUUAAGUGUGCUGUAUUGUACACAGUGUAAUGACAAUUUCACCACAGAUUACCACAGCAUGGCAAUUCACCAUAUGUUACACAGUAAAGAGCUGUUUGUGCAUAAUAAUCCAGAAUCAAAAGCAUGAUUUGUGGUGUUGUACGUAUGUAUCACUGUAUCUAAAUUUGAAUAAUGCCCAAUUUAGACAAUUAUUACGCAUUCAUAAAAUUCAAAUUUUUUUUUUAUAAAUGUAAUUUUGUACCAAAUGUUUUCAAUUAGCUUUCUACCAAUUGAAGCAGUAAAUAACACUGAAACCAAACCUAAUAUAUAUAUGACAUGCUGCCCUGGUUGAGUAUUCUGCUCAGAAUUGUUAAUAAGCAGAACAACUUGCUCAGGUUCGUAGCAAUUUGAAUCUGUCUAUAAUAAAUAGAUGUAAAAAUUAGCAAGACAAAACACUUUGAGAGACAUUAACCUAAGUCACAAUAUUAAACGGUGGGAAUAUUUACUUAGGAUUCAGAGCAAAUUCAAAACGUAUCAGCAUUAGCAUUGAUCCAUCUCACCAUAUGACAACGGCCCUGAACGUAUUUCACCUCAUGUAUUUUAACUACAAAUGCAUGACAGUUUGUGUGUCACUUUGUACCUUGGCUGAUGUGUAGUGGAAAUGAUCAGUGCAUGAACUUAUGCUAGCUCCGCAAACAUCAUACUAUGAGCAUGUUUGUUUUUGUUUUUUCUUUCAUCCUUGUUUCACCAGUGGCAGGAUGUAAUCAUGCCUUCCAGGUGGCCAGAUUAUGAGACUAGCCGCAGUCUCCUGUAAGCAUGAGCAACAUGUAUGGUGACUCACUGCAAUCCUGUUUUGGUCUUUUUCCAUGUUGUGCUAUUGAAGGAAGCAUGAAAACGACUGUGUUGUGAUCGGAGCAAAUUGUUGUCAUGUUCCCUGAAGUCAUUCCAAUCAAACUUCUGAAUGUCAGUGUUAGCCAUGUGGUAUUUUUUACAAGCUGAUAGAAAAGCACAGUAUUUACAGGACUGCACUGUAUAAAGCAAUAUAUGCCAAUAUUUGUAGUAAUAAAGCACCAUGUUUAAAUUU